GCUGGUCUCUGUACUAUCCGGAGUUCUGCCCCUUGAUGGGUAAUGUCUGACUCUUUUCUUUUGUUCACAUGGGAACGGCGUCUUUAGGUCAUGCCCGAAUAUUGGUCGAUAAUUAAGUAGAAAGUAAAUGGUUCGGAUGUAAAUAUCAGCCACGUAUUGUCCUAGUGUUGUCAAGCCAAUAUUGCUGUCGUCUGUAACGUUUAACACAUCUGUCGCGAGGACAAAGGCAGCUGUUUAAGUAGUGUAAUCACUUCGUAGUUUUCUCUUCUUAUUAACUCUUGAACCACAUUUACAAACCAGUCGACGUGAAGCAAGUUAAUGGUGCUUGUAUGUAGCUAGCGCUAGCUUGUUUAGCUGCAUUCUUGUUACAUCUAGUGUUAAUUAAUGUUUAGGUAACUGGUGUUAUUAAAGUUUGACAAAAUGCUCACUGGCAGGUAAUGAAGCUAAGGGCGUCUUAUAGUUUUCACCGACGACCUGUUUAAUCAUGAAAAUUAGUUCAAAUAACAGUGUGCUUGUUUGAAGAAACCCAGUAUCGCCUGGCUAGAAGCCAAGAGAUAGUGAAACAUUGACAGAUGUCACCCUUGGGUCAGUAACCCGAAGCAAACUAUUUAAGGGAAUGUGAUAUUUCGCCCGUCACUGACGCAGAGAAUGAGUUGGACUGUUAAUGCAAACAGUUUGCUAUCAUAUGAGCAGCUUAGGAUCAGUUGGACCUUUUGUAUUUUGUCAUGAAUGCAGAGCUGUACCCGUUGGUUCCGUCACGCAGAUCAGCAUCAAAGCUUUCUAUGCGGGUGUUUUAGCUCAGAUGCUCUGAGAAGUAAUCUUCCUCCUGCUGACAUUUAGACUGUUUUUCUGCCACUCGUAGUCAAUGUAAGUGCCAAGUUAUUAUCUCAACUCCCUGUGGUAAGGCUAAGAUGGUCCCAGCCUAGGAAGAGAGCGGAUUAUGUCCACGGAUUUACACACAGAGGAAAAUGUGAACACCUAUUAUAGGGAGCACAGGACACUGUUAUCCACUGCAUUUCCUGUUCAUUAGUGUACUUGCUUUACAUGUCAGAGAAUCUUCCACUUUUACCUCAUGUGAUCAAAUGGUCUGUGCCUUGUAAGGAUAGUCUCUUUUCAUUGUUUACAUUUAUCUAAAUGUUCCCAACAGCUCAAGAGGACCCCAGUGCUAUUUAAGUUGGCACUUGUGAUCAAGGACAGAUGCAUUGCCCAUGUUGCAACAGAUGAUACACCAUCACCAUGCCACUGAGAGAAGAAUGACAUUUGUCUCAUUUUAAUUCCUGGAGCGGCUUUGGGCAGAGUUUAGACUUGAUUAAAAAGCGGCUUCUACUCUGUGCCAAAUUGGUCUUUGUCUCAGUCUGCUCCUUUGCACUGCCGCUGUCCAUUUGCAGACUGUUAAGGCACAGGAGGCAAAGUGAGCAAAAGGAUACUGUCUCUGGCUGCACUGGGGGAUUUGCCUUUGCUGUAGGAGUGGGCACUUGUCAGGAGAGCCGGCCUACAGCAAUGUACAUCAUGCUCCAGGGACACUAGGCUCCCUGUUUGAGUUCCUUCUUUGUGGAGUUUUUCUUUCUUUUUUUUUUGCUAUCUCUUCAAUUUGGAUGGUUGAGUACAAGGGCCACUUUGAAGGAGACCACCGGUGGCUGUGGUUUGGCCAGGGUUGCCAGACUUCUUGCCAGCUAUUAAUGAUUUAGUACCUUUCUCCACCACUACCACUGCUACAACCUCCAUCACCGUGGUCUCCAGUAUGGUGAAAGGAGGCUGCAGGGAUCACAGGAGUGGGACUAAGCUUUUCAUACUAGCAUAGUUACUUAUUUGCACUGUGAAGGAUUUCAUUCCAGCUUUCUUGGAGCUUCUUUUUUUCCCCUUAGAGGUAAAAACGAAAAGCUCAGUCAUUUUUUAAUUAUUUAGUUUUUCAGAUAUUUUCAUUCUUGAGAAAAUUUAAAUCUGGCAAAGAAGACAGCACCAGAGGAGAAUGAAGCUGAGGAAACAGGUGACAGUGUGUGGAGGGGCCAUAUUCUGUGUGGCUGUGUUCUCACUCUAUCUGAUGUUGGAUCGAGUCCAACAUGACCCUGCAAGGCGACAAAACGGAGGGAACUUUCCACGGAGCCAAAUUUCAGUUCUGCAGAACCGGAUAGAGCAGCUGGAACAGCUCCUGGAGGAAAACCAUCAAAUCAUCAGCCACAUAAAGGACUCUGUGAUGGAGCUCACGGACACAGGAGCAGUGUCUCCCAGUGGCCACCUGCCAUUUAGAAGUGCCAACGGUUCCUGGGUGCUGCCGUUUGACGGCCGCCCCUCUUUCCUCUCUGUCAAGCCCCAGGAUUGCCAGUUUGCUUCAAGCACACGUGGGCAAGCAGACGUUCAGAUGCUGGAUGUUUAUUCCCUUCUGAAGUUUGACAAUCCUGAUGGAGGCGUAUGGAAACAGGGCUUUGACAUUAGUUAUGAGCCUGAUGAGUGGGACAAGGAACCACUUCAAGUAUUUGUUGUCCCUCAUUCUCACAAUGAUCCAGGUUGGAUCAAGACUUUUGACAAGUACUUCACAGACCAGACGCAGCAUAUUUUGAACAACAUGGUGGUGAAGCUGGCUGAGGAUCCUCGCAGGAAGUUCAUCUGGUCUGAGAUUUCAUUCUUCUCCAAGUGGUGGGAAACCGCAGAUGCACACAAACAGGAGGCCAUGCGCAAGCUGAUCCUCGGAGGACAGCUAGAGAUUGUGACAGGCGGCUGGGUGAUGACGGAUGAAGCCAAUGUUCACUACUUUGCCAUGAUAGACCAGCUCAUUGAAGGGCAUCAGUGGUUAGAGAGAAAUCUAGGUAUAACUCCUCGCAGUGGGUGGGCUGUAGACCCCUUCGGUCACAGUGCCACUAUGCCCUAUCUGCUGAAGAGGGCCAACCUGACCAGCAUGCUCAUCCAGAGGGUCCACUACUCCAUUAAAAAACACUUUGCCUCCACCCGCAACCUGGAGUUUAUGUGGAGGCAGGCAUGGGACACUGGGUCAAGCACCGAUAUGUUUUGCCACAUGAUGCCAUUCUAUAGCUACGAUGUGCCUCACACCUGUGGGCCUGAUCCAAAGAUCUGCUGCCAGUUUGACUUCAAGCGAUUACCAGGAGGCCGGAUUAACUGUCCCUGGAAAGUUCCCCCUAAAUCAGUGGUAGAGGCCAAUGUGGCAGAGAGGGCACAGCUGCUCCUGGAUCAGUACCGUAAAAAGUCCAAACUCUACCGUUCCAAGGUGCUUCUGGUUCCUCUGGGAGACGACUUCCGCUAUGACAAAGCCCUGGAGUGGGAUCAGCAGUACAUAAAUUAUCAGAAGUUGUUUGACUACAUGAAUUCUCACCCUGAGCUGCACGUUCAGGCUCAGUUUGGGACUCUGAGUGACUAUUUCAGCGCUGUUUACAAAACAAACGGAGUGGCCCAGGGAUCCAGACCGGCAGACUUUCCUGUGCUGAGUGGGGAUUUCUUUGCUUAUGCGGACCGAGAAGACCACUACUGGACUGGUUACUUCACCUCUCGACCCUUUUAUAAAAGCAUGGACCGAGUGAUUGAGUCGCACCUCCGGGGGGCAGAAAUCCUCUACAGCCUGGCAGUGGCAAAUGCUCGGCAUGCUGGAAUGGAGGGACGCUACCCGGUCUCAGAUUAUGCCCUGCUUGUUGAUGCGAGGCGUUCAGUUGGACUUUUCCAGCACCACGACGCCAUAACGGGCACUGCGAAAGAAAAUGUUGUCAUCGACUAUGGCACCAAAUUACUGCGUUCACUCAUCGGCUUGAAGAGAGUAAUCAUCAAUGCUGCUCAUUUCCUUGUCAUGAAGAACAAAGACUUUUAUCGUUUUUACCAGACGGAGCCCUUCCUGGAGACGGAUUACAGGCGUGCUACUCAAGAUUCUCUGCCUCAGCGCACGCUGAUUGAGCUCGACCCGGCAGGACCGAGGUACCUGGUUGUGUUUAACCCCGUGGAGCAGGAGCGGCUGUGUGUUGUGACUGUGCUGGUCAACACGGUCAGGGUACGGGUGCUCACUGAGGAUGGACAGACCCUCCCUGUGCAGCUGAGUGCUCAGUGGAGCUCUGGGACUCAGAUGAGUGCUGAGGUGUUUGAGGCAACUUUCAUGUCUCGCCUUCCACCUCUGGGCCUUGCUGUUUUCCAUCUGUACGACUCAGCAGACUCGCCCAUGACGCUCCGCUCCGACACCCUGCUCAGGCUGUCUGGCCGGGGCGUAUCCGCCCGGGCCUCUGACCCACUGCCUGUCCGCUCUCAGACGUCCGACUCUCAGACCUUCUACAUUAGCAGCCAGUCGUUGACUCUGGGCUUCUCCGGAACCACUGGGCUCCUGGAGAGCAUCAAGCGAAAGGACGACCCUCAGGAAGUGAAGGUUCAUAUGCAGUUCAUGGUGUAUGGCACACGUGCCUCGAAGGACAAAAGUGGGGCGUACCUCUUCCUGCCUGAUGGAAAGGCAAAGCCUUACAACCAGAAAGAACCGCCUGUGGUGCGUGUUGUUGAAGGGCCUCUUUUCUCUGAGGUGGUGGCACACUACCAGCACUUUGAGCAGAUCAUCCGCAUACAUAAUGUGCCAGGCUUGGAUGGUUUGUCUAUAGACAUGACCACCACGGUAGACAUCAGAGAUCAGACCAAUAAAGAGCUGGCCAUGCGACUUGUCACUGAUAUUGAGAGUGGGGACGUCUUCUACACGGACCUCAAUGGCUUCCAGAUUCAGCCUCGUCGAUACUACCAAAAGCUUCCCAUGCAGGCCAACUUCUACCCCAUGCCCAGCCAGGCGUACAUCCAGGACGAGCGCCACCGGCUCACGCUGCACACGGCUCAGUCUCUGGGUGUCAGCAGCCUGGAGAGCGGCCAACUCGAAGUGAUCAUGGACCGACGACUGAUGCAGGAUGAUAAUCGUGGGCUGGGUCAGGGCCUGAAAGACAACAAGAAGACGACCAACCGUUUCCGACUGCUGCUGGAGAGGAGAUCCACCACUAACAAGAUGACGGACAGUGCAACCACUAGUUUCCCGUCUGUUGUCAGUCACAUGACCAACGCCAUCCUGAACCACGAGGUCCUGGCGCUGCCCGUCGUGCCCAAAAGACGAGGCGUCCCGCCUCUGCAAACCUUCUCCCCGCUCAAGACCAACCUUCCAUGUGACUUCCACCUGCUGAACCUGCGCAGCAUCCAGAGCCAGCAGGACUCCCAGGUUCCAUCUCCAUUCACUGCCUUGAUUCUCCAUCGGCUGGCGCUGGACUGCGGCUUCGAGGCUCAGAACCUCGGCUUCAACUGCACCACCACACAAGGACAGCUCAGCGUUUCAGGUCUGUUCAGGAACCUGGACCUGCAGCUGCUGCAGCCCAUGUCUCUGACCCUCAUGCAUUCCAGCUCGCCGCUGGCCAACGACUCCACUGUCUGCCUGGAUCCCAUGGAGAUCUCCGCCUUCAAGCUCAAGCUGCGCUAAGAACCGUCCUGAGAGCAGUAAAAACUCACCAGACUCCUCGGACCAACCACCAAGCCCAAGCCGGCCUCACACACCGGCAACAAGGGAGUCUGGGUCUCUCUGUUAGGCAGAACCACAAACUGGAGCCUGGAGAAGGGCUCUGCUGUAACAGGACUGACUGACAGCAGGGGGCAGAGGAUAGCCGGACAUGAGAGAGCAGCCAAACCCGGUGAACUUACAGCUUUUCCAAAUCAAGAAAAACUUCCAGAAUUGUUCCUCAGAUACCGGCGAGGGUCUGAGUCUGGAGUCCAGAAAAUCUCUCGGUUCUGCUUUGUAAGGACUUCUGUCUUUUGAUAUCUUUUCUCGAACCCGGACUAAACAACUGAAUGUAAAUAUCCCAACAGAUGGUGGUGGGAGGGGGCUGGGUGCCACUUCAGAGUGCAAUUUCCAAAGCUUUACUGGGUGGAUGGAGAUCUUGAUUCUUCUGUCUUUCAUCAGGAAAAAUGAAUAUCUACAUGUUUUUUGUUUUUUUUGUACCGAUCACUCUGAUGUUGACCGAAGUUAAUUUUUUGUUGUUGUUUUUGACAGACUUGAAUGCAGCAAAGAGAAUGUCUUUGUCUCACCUGGACUUGGCUGCAAAUCCUUAAGUUGUCCGAUUCCACUUGGGUCACUAUGUGAUAAGGGUGUGAUCAUUAAUCAUGGGGGGAGGGGAGUCCGCCCCUCUUUCCCACUGUUUCUGCUUUUAGAUAGUCUGCAGAGUUUCUGUUGUUGCUGCGCGCUUACUUUCGGCUGUUAGGGGAGCUGUAGCGGGUCUCCUGCCUCCUAUCGAUCAUUCCUGCGCUUGGUGAGACGGUGGCUUUGUGUAGCACUCUGUAUGCAGUAGGCCAAGACUAUACCUCAUGUGUACCAUCCAGCAGAUGUUUUGGUAUGUGUGUCUGUAUGAGUAUGUAAAUACGAUCUGGCUUUUUUUAAAAGUUUUUUUUUUUGGGGGGGGGGUGAAAUAAGGAAGGUCGCAUUGUACUUUAGAACAGGCCUGUCUUUCGGGUACUUGAUUAAUAUCUACGUGGAGUUUUGGGUCAUAUCAGAGCAGCAGAGAGAACUCUACUCUGCUCAUCACACCUAAAGGGAUCCUCACAAAGACAUUCCGGAGUCUGAGCUGACUCCAUCUUGUAUGGCUUUGUUGGUGCAAUUUAAAUUUCAAAGUCCAGAAGAGUGAAAUUUCUAAAUAUCUGUAGUAGAACAAAAGCAGAAACCUUCACUUGGGAAGCUGAAUGGGUGCUGCUCAGACUCCUGCUCGAGCUGGACUGAAUUUCAUUCCCAUCAAAAACGAACCUGAUCCGACCACACUGGGAGGCAGAGAACAGUCUCAGCACCGCAGUGCUUUUCUCUUUUAAAAAAAAAAACCUUUCUUUUUUAUUAUGAUUUAUUUUUUACAGCUGCCAUCAGGAUGUUGUCAUCUGUGGCUUCAAUGUAGUCCGGACGUCUGUCAGCCCCCAUGUGUUGCACUUUGUACUACAGAGCCAUCUGAUCCCGCCUCCCCUUCCCGGGCCUGCAGCUCCUCUGCCGUCCUCCUCUGGCCUGACGUCUGUCCUGCCAGAGU